AGCCAACUCAGGUCAGUGGACCCAAACUGAUUGGAGACAUGUUCUAAGCUUUAUCCAUCUGUUACCAUGAAAGGGUUAGGAGCCAGCCGCAGUCGCCACCUGUCUGACUCAUGUGAACCGGCGGGGUGCCCUCAGAAGCCUUUGUGCCCUCUUACGUCGGAUCCCCACAGCUCCUUUCUAUUGAGCCCUACAGUAAACCACUAUGGCACUUUGGACCCACAUCUCCAUCACUACACCCCUACCAGCCCCACCUCCAUAACCCCUGACUGUCUGCUGCCUUUCGGUCCCAUUCCCAACAGCAGCACUUUCCCUCGUCUGCAUUUUACACCUCAGGCUGACCAGCUCGAUUGCCCCCAAAGCUGCAUUCCUGGUGGUGGAGUCGGGCAAGGGGGCAGGACAGGUACUCUGUCCACCUCCUUGUCUAUGGGUAUGGGGUUAGGUCUGGGUCUGACUGGUGCUCCCAUGAUCACCAGCGGAUCAGCCACCAUUUCCUCUGCAGCAGCAGCUAAGAUGAACCGAUUGCCCUCAAGCCUUUUGGAUCAGCUUGAGAGGCACCUGCCCCUGCAGCGCGAUGGCUUCAGUACACUGCAGUUUCACAGAGGACGAAUGUCCAAGCAGCGCAGUGAGAGUCCAGGUCGGAUCCGCCACAUCAUGCAUUCUGUGCAGAAACUGUUUGCCAAGUCUCAGUCUCUAGAGAACUCUGGGCAGAAAGGCAGCUUAAAUUCAACAGGAAGUGGCGAGGAAAGUGGCAGGCCAAGCCGCAGGAGCAAGAGCAAGGACAGAGCUAAGACUGAGGGAUCAAAACAAAGACCUAGACCUACUACACUAGGCCUUUGGGGCUCAGAUGAUGCUCUGGACACUGACACCAAAGCUGGCACUAUUGCUGUAGGUUACCGCAACCCACUGAGCAUGAUGACUCUUGGCAGAGCAGUGUCAGACAGCCAGACUGCUCUCCGACAUAUUCCACAGGGCUAUAAUACAAUUUAUACACAUUCUCUCAAAACCUCAAAAAGCAGCAGUGACCUCAAGUUCCUGGCAUGCCCGGCAAUGCAGGUUGGACCCAAGGAAGAGGAGCUAAGAAACAUUGGGAGUAAGGAUGACAUGGCGGUCAAAAGGGGCACCUGGUCCACUCUCACCUUAAACCAGGCCAGGCAAGUGUUGCAAAAAGGCUCUGGUACAGUCAACAGGACCCUGCUAAAGACAAAGUCAUGCCACCAGGAUCUGGCACAGCAAUUUCUUCAGGUUCCCCUGGAUGACUGGACGGGAAGUUUGGGACAUGGAAGAUCCAAGGGAACAGAGAUCCCAUGCCGAAGGAUGCGUAGUGGCAGCUAUGUGAAAGCCAUGGGAGAUCCAGAAGACAGCGAGGAAUCCGAGGGAAGCCCCAAGCCUUCCCCAAAGUCUGCAGCACGUCGCCAGAGCUACCUGAAGGCCACCCAGUCCUCCCUGAGCGAGCAGCAGCCACCGCCACCCCCUCGCAAGUCCCGCUGCUACGCUCUCAUGCGGGAGGAUUUUCUGUGGUCUCCUCUGCAGAGUGCAUGCUCUAUGCAGCAUCUGAGCUCCCUGCCGUCCCUCAAAGAGCUGUCCACAAAUCGGAGCCUUGAUAACCUGGACUGCCUGGUCAGCCCCCUGGAGCCUCCUCCACGUCACAGGAACAAUGAUUUCAACCAAUGCUCCGGCACACUGGGCAGAGGCUUAGGCACUCAGGUAUUCGCUCAGGGCUGUGGACACUCAUUACCAUACUGUGAGGGGGAAUCAAAGGCAGUCGAGGCUCUGGAUCUGCCUGCACCCACGUGCUUCCGUUCUCGCAGUCACAGUUACCUGCGGGCAAUCCAGGCAGGUUGUUCACAGGAUGAAGACACUGCUUCUGUGGAUUCGGAGACACCCCCACCCACCACUGUAGGCUUCAGCUACAGCUCCAACUCAAUCAGCAAUAGGAAGGCUCCUCCUCCAGUCCCACCCCGGUCUGCAUCCAAGCCUCUCAUCUCAGUGACUUUGCAAAGCAGCACAGAGUCAGCCCAAGACACAUACCUAGACCAACAAGACCGGAGUAGUGAGGUCAACAGCCAGUCGGGGCGCAGCAACUCGUCUGACAGUCUCUGUAGCAUACGUACAGGCAGCCUGUUGAAGAGGACCCAGCCUCCUAAAGCCCCCGUCUCCAUCAUAAGCCUUGCACCAGCUGCAGGCUCUGGACCCCCUGUCCCAGCCCCACGUGACUUCUCCUCCACCACUGUUGCGACCACUUCAACAUCUGCUCAAUGCCAAAAUGAUGCGGUGAAUACUGGUGCCACCCUAGAGCAGCCCCCAACAGCCACCAAGAGGAAACUUUCCUCUAUUGGAAUCCAGGUGGAUUGCCUUCUUCCAGUUCCAAGGGAAGAGCCAUUACCCCUGACUGCACCAUUAAAGUUUCAGUCCAUUGGUGUUCAAGUUGAAAACGGCAGGCCUCUCAGCCGGGAUAGCAGCAUGGCUUCCAGACAAAAUACAGAGACUGAGCCUCAGCUACAGGAUGCUGCACCCACAGAAAAUGCUACUACCAAUUGCACCAACAGCCAGACACUAAACAGCACCACAACUAAUGGACAGGACAAAGCCAUGGAACAGCAUCAUCUUAAACACUUAACUCCAUCAAGGAUAUCAAACUCACCUCCUGAGACUCUGGACCCAGCUUUAGACCCCUCUUCUCUGCCUCCUCCGGAUCCCAGCCUCGAAUCUGGAAACUACACCUCUUCGGGAGAUGCGGUGCACCCAGGUACUCCAGCAUGCCUCAGAGAUGGAAACUGGUUUCUGAAGCUGCUGCAGGCAGAAACAGGCCGCAUGGAGGGCUGGUGUCAGCAGAUGGAGCAGGAGACCAAAGACAACAAGCUCUCAGAGGAGGUGUUGGGGACCAUCCGUAGUGCAGUGGGAAGUGCUCAGCUCCUCAUUUCACAGAAGUUUGAGCAGUUUAGAGGCCUCUGUAAGGAGAAUCUGAACGUUAAUGCCAACCCAAGACCAACAGCACAGGACCUUGCAGGCUUCUGGGAUCUGCUGCAACUAUCAAUAGAAGACAUCAGCAUGAAGUUUGACGAGCUCUACCAACUAAAAGCAAAUAACUGGCAACUUCCAGAAAAGCCGGAGAAGAAGGAUGAAAACAAGCAGCUUCCAUCAUCUGUGCCAAAGAAGCAGUCCAAACCCCGACUGUCAACAGGGAAAGACAAAAGUGUAGACUCUGCGGUGGACAAGCAGCGACAAGAAGCCAGAAAGCGGUUGAUGGCAGCCAAAAAGGCGGCAUCAGUACGACAGAACUCUGCCACAGAAAGUGCUGACAGCAUUGAAAUCUACGUCCCCGAGGCCCAGACCCGCCUCUGAGAACAAGCCACCAUCGAUGAUAAAACACUCACUUUCAGUUACUCGUUGCCACAGACACACAAUUCUGAAAUGAACACACAGAUGUGUAUAACUGAUGCACAGAGGCUGAUCUUUUAGCAACGCAGCUGAUGAAGAUGUGAGGAUCACAGAGCACCGUAAUAUUCCAGAUAGUGAUCCUGCCACCUUUGGACAGAAAAACCUUCACAGAUGUUUAAUACUAUUGUUAUUAUGUUAUUGUUAUUAUAACUAUCUCCUAAAAUAUUUCAAGACUGUCUUUAAUUGUGAAAGUAUCUUGAAUUAGGACAUUCUGUACCUUGUGAACUGAAAUAUCUUGGCAUCCCAAAAGUUUACUUUCUAGGGAAAAAAAAAAAAAAUCCCCUCACUGCUGAGUCGACAGGCGAAUUGUGGCUGUGCGGUUUACGAGCUGAGCUACCAUCCA